UACAAGAGAGGAGCAGUCGUGUGUUGCAAGCGCAAGUCCGCAGUCGGUACAGUACUAUCAGGGAUCUUCUUAUGAAAUUUGUACCUGUACUAGAAGUGAUCAUAUAACUAAGUGAUAUUAUCAUGCGACGUAUGAAGCAAGUUGUCAGCACCUCCUUGAAAACCAUGAUCUACAGCGCUAAAUAAAAUCGCGUAGAACAAAUAUCUUGGAUCCCAUGCCAAUGCUACGACGCAAGAGUGGAUCGCCAGGAGCAAGAGCACUAUCGCUUUCACGCCGUCCUAACGAGGGUGAGCAACUCACAACUUCAUCUAGAGGACCAGUGCUGAAUGUUGAAGAAGGCACUGCUGAAGAAAAACCUGGAUCUACUGCUAGAGGAGGUCAUCUUGCAAGAGGAGAAAUGGAACAAAAGCAAGUCUAUUUUGAAGCACAUCAUUCACCCGAAGUAGAACUGCCACAUGGAACUACUGUAGUGGAGCAUAAUCAAGCCCAAAAAAGCCGUCCUUCUCGCCAAAGUAGCCCGAAAAGCGCUGCCCGAGCCUCAUGUCGCUCGUGGGCAAGUCAGCAGACCAAAACUCUACAGCACACACUGGUUUUAACAACGCGUCAAAUGGCUGACCAUGAAAGAAAAAGCGCAUCUUCUUGGGAGGAAACUCUGCGGGAAUUCAACUGCUGCGACCCUGAGGGUGAGAAGAGGUCUGCCGAACAGCAGGAGAAGAAAGUUAUGGAGGAAAUCACAUUAUAAGGAUUUUUAGAAAAUUGAUAGUUUACAAGAUCAAGAAACUCGUGUCAUCUCAUCCUGUUCUCUAAGAAUAUGAACACGCAUCCGGUACCUGGCUGUUGGCAGACCUUUUCGGUUGAUCCGGAGGGGUUAGAAACUCAAGUUUCGGAACCUAAACAUGUUAGAAGUUCUUUUUCCACCACUUCUAUAGAUGAAGAACAUGGCAAAGAAAAUGAUAAUGGAUGUCCUAGUGGACAAGGGGACAGGAGUGCAGCUGACGGAAAUCUUCAAAAAACGAACGUUGUUGUACGUCAAGAGGAACGAGAAGGAGCUGCAAGAACAUCAUCGUCCACUUUAGAAGAAGACGCACCUGUCGUGCAGAGUUUUCGCACUACGCUUGUGACCUCUUCUGCAGCUUGUCAAAACGCGUUAGAAGAAGACCCUUCAAUAGGGGAGACGAAUAGAAGCAAAAACAAUGGCGAGGAGGAACUAGAUGCUCCUACGUCGGAGCCCUCUAGAACAGAAAUUGAAGCAGUAAACGAUGUUCUAGACACUGCGGCUGCAAUUGCUGCAUCUGCGAUUGCAUCUACAACAAAGCCUGCUCGUGAGGAGAAGGCACCAAGUUCGGAGCUUUUACCACCAGUGUGGGCAGCAAAGAUUACUGAGGCAGAAAUUGACGAGUUCUUAAGGUGGCGGGAACAACGUUCAAAAGCCAACACGACGUGUUUUGGUAGCAGCACUGAUUCUGAAAAUACCAAGAUGGGUGUCGUUGCAGAGAAGGCAGACUUAGAGGCGGAGAACAGCAGCAGUGAUAGUUUUCCACAUCAUGAGGUGAAAGCGCAACUAGAAAAUAGCGAGAGGGCACCGUCAGAGAACAACGGCAGUCACAGCGAUAAGUUGCCCCCAGAGACCCCAAGCAGUAGCAGCGAAGAAGAUAUAGAACUAGCACGACAGGGUGAAAAUCACAAUGCAACUCUUGUUGGUGACCACGAGAAGGACCUACUUCUAGUUGAAAGGCCAGCACUUGAGAUUACCUUUACCAGUAGUGGAGAGAGUUUACCCUCGUUUCACAUUGGUAGGGAAGAAGGCACUUCAUCAUCCUCAAAAGAGACGUCAUCCACUGGUGGUGAAGACGACAGCAAUUAUGGUCAAAAUGCAAAUACAAGUGGUGUAUCUGAGACAGACGAACAUCAUUCACAUCAUCACGCACACUCGCACUCUUCGUCUGCUCACUUCGUUGAGAAGAUCAAAAGAAAAGUUCUUAAAAUCAGAGCUGAUGUACUUGUGGAUACCAUCAAAGUGGAUUUGACUGGCAAUAGCGAAUUUGCUCUGGUCUAUGCCACACUUGAAAGUACAGGAAAAACGGAAAUGAUUUAUGCAGUCCGGAAAACGUAAUCUUGUUCUGUACCUAUGUAUACCCGGUUUUAUCAUUUUCCUUUUUUUCGUUCUCCUGUGGGUGCAACCAAUCCAACGUGGGUAGAAAAUUUCAUCGGGAUGAAGCAGAAUGAGGACAUCAAGAACGUCU